AUGGAAUCAGAGGAGACAAAGGCUGCGAUAUCAAACGACGCGAUAUCAAACGACUCGACAUCACCCCAUGAAAGCAAACCCAUUGCCACGGAGCUCAAAGAUCCAGCCUUUGACGCCGAUACCCCUGAGUCAGAUCUAAUCGAAAAGCUCAAGAUCCUACUCAAAGAGCACGAGCGAGAUCAAAACUUCCCCCAUCAAGUCCUCGACCGAGCACGAUCAUAUCUCAACAACAGCAAUGACUCCGACCCAGAGCUCGCGCGGAGCAUCUUUGCCGACUUUGAAGAGCAAAAGGAUCUAAUGCUCAACAACUCCAUCUAUCCUGAAGUUCGAGCCGUCGUCGAUCCUACCGAUGAUCCUUCCCUCCCCGUGGGGACGUUUAGGGUGUUUAUACUAGGGACGCUUUUCGCCAUCUGCGGGACGGCAAUAUGUCAGUUCUUCUCAUUGAGGAUGCCGCCGAUUGAGAUUUCGACCUAUGUCGCUCAGCUGUUGUCCAUGCCCUUGGGCUUGUUGAUGGCUAGGUGGCUUCCUGAGAGGAAGUUCCGGAUACUAUCUUGGGAGUUCUCACUCAAUCCGGGACCGUUCAACCAGAAGGAGCAUGUCCUGAUCGCAAUAAUGACAAACGGUUCCUUUGGAGGGGGCUCUACAGGCGCAUACAUCGUUGGGAUCAUCCAGGUCUUGAAGCUGGAACGCUUCUACGGCGAAACCGUGCUCGCCAACAGUAUCCCCUGGCAGAUCACCACUCUGCUAUCAACCCAGCUCAUCGGGUACGGCUGCGCCGGGAUGGCUCGUCGGUUUCUCGUUUACCCACCCCCAAUGAUCUGGCCGAAGGGAUUGGCCAACAUUGGACUGACAAAGGCGUUGUUCGACGAUGAUGGAGAGAUUGGGCGAAGCGCGAAUGGGUGGACUAUAUCGAGAUACAAAUUCUUCUACAUUGCAUUCGGCGCCAUGUUCUUAUACUAUUGGAUCCCAAACUACCUCUUCACCGGCAUUGCACUCUUCAACUGGCCAACCUGGAUAUCCCCCGGCAACGUCACCCUCGCAUUGAUAUCAGGAGCAACAUGCGGCCUCGGCCUGAAUCCGCUACCAUCGCUUGACUGGAACAUGUUGACGUACAUGGUCGACCCCAUCAGCAUGCCAUUGUUUACAGUCAUCAACUUUGCAAGCGGGAUGGCAUUGGCGGGGUUCGUCGUUGCGCCGUUCAUGUACUUCAACAAUGUCUGGAAGGGCGGAUACUUUCCGAUCAACGGGAACAAGAUUUACGACAACACGGGCAACAUCUACAACGUCUCUCGCAUCUUGAGUCCAAAGUUCACUCUCAAUGAGACGGCUUAUUACGAAUACAGCCCGCCGUUGGUAAAUACAACUCAAUCACUCAACUAUGUUGCCGUCUUCAUGGUCUACAUCUGUCUUCCCGUGCACAUCUAUCUCUGGCAUCGCCACGACAUGUUGAGUGGACUCAAGGCUUUUUGGUCCGGAAAGUCGAGAGAAGAAGAGUUUAAAGACGUGCACAAUAGGUUGAUGGCUGUCUACCCAGAGUGUCCUCACUGGUGGUACCUCAUCAUCCUCGUCCUCGCCUUGGUCAUGGCUUGCGUCUCUGUCACAGUCUGGCCUACAGACAUGCCCGUAUGGGGCAUCUUUCUCGCCCUCCUUUUUACAGCAAUCUUGCAAAUUCCUCUUGGUAUUCUGACGGCCAUCACCAACAUCCAAAUCUCAACAGCCUUCCUAGCCAUGGUUAUUGGCGGCUACGUCCUAGAAGGCAGAGCGAUCCCCAACAUGAUCUUCAAAAUGUUUAGCUUCAUGUCGACACACCAAUCCGUCAACUUUCUCUCGGAUCUCAAACUGGCCCACUACGCAAAGAUCCCUCCGCGGUGGGCAUUUGCCGCGCAAGUCUGGGCGACUGUCCUAGCAGGCUUUGUCGCGCUCGGAGUCAACCACUGGGUUCUACGCAACAUUGAAGAUGUUUGUUCAGAGAGACAAAAAGACCGCUUCACAUGCCCUCACACGCAUUCCUUCUUCAUGUCGACAGUCAUGUGGGGAUGCAUCGGCCCCAGACGUUUAUUCGGUCCCGGAGCUCCCUACGCUGCGAUCACAUACCUCAUGCCCCUUGGCCUAGUCUUUCCAAUUGUCAUCUACUACCUUGGAAAACGGUGGCCACGAUCAUUCUGGAAGAAUGUCAACUCACCCAUCUUUCUGGCUGGACCACUGGGAUGGGCACCCUUCAACUGGAGCUACAUCCAAGGAGGCGUUCUGUUGGCAUUUGUCUUCAACUACUAUAUCAAACGGCGGUACACGGAGUGGUGGGAAAAGUACGCAUACGUCCUGACGAGUUCGUUUAGCGCAGCCAUUGGAAUCUCUGGGUUGGUCAUGUACUUUGCGCUGCAGCAUCCAGGGGUGGUGUUGGACUGGUGGGGGAAUCGAGUUGGCAAUGAAGGAGUCGAUAGGGGUGGGUUUCUCAAUGCUCAGAGAAAGCCGGUGCGAUGCUCUCACUUCAAGGUACCUGAGAAGGGAUUCUUUGACAUUGAUUUUGAUUGGAGAGUGUAG